ACCUCAAUCAACAUCUCUUUUUUUCUUGCACAAUUAAUCUUUUUUUUAGAUGGGAAAUUCAUGUAGUAGUUGCUGCUCGAAUUGCUUUGGAAAGCGUAGUAGAACGGGACUUUAUGAACCUCUUUUGCAAGAAAACGAACGGGAGGCUAUAGCAGAAUUAUUACAAUAUCUUGAAAAUCGAAGUGAUACCAAUUUCUUUGAAGGAGAACCUCUACAAGCACUUUCAACUUUAGCUUAUUCAGACAAUGUAGAUUUGCAAAGGUCUGCAGCACUUGCUUUUGCUGAAAUCACCGAGAAAGACGUACGUCAUGUAGGAAGGGACACUUUAGACCCAAUUUUGUUUUUGUUACAAUCUCACGAUGUUGAAGUUCAGAGAGCUGCGAGUGCUGCUCUCGGUAACCUAGCUGUAAACACCGAAAAUAAGCUUUUAAUUGUCAAACUUGGUGGUCUUGAUCAACUUAUUCGUCAAAUGGGUUCUCCUAACGUCGAAGUUCAAUGUAAUGCGGUUGGUUGUAUUACAAACCUUGCUACACACGAUGAGAAUAAGACAAAAAUUGCGAAGUCAGAUGCUUUGCGUCUCUUGGUGGAUUUGGCAAAGUCAAAAGACCAGCGUGUACAAAGAAAUGCUACAGGUGCUCUCUUAAAUAUGACACACACACAGGAGAAUCGUCAACAAUUAGUCAAUGCUGGUGCUAUUCCUGUUUUAAUCAGCCUAUUAAGUUCACCAGAUGCUGAUGUUCAAUAUUAUUGUACGACAGCUCUUUCAAAUAUUGCAGUGGAUGGUGGAAAUCGUAAGAAGUUAGCACAGACGGAUUCGCGGCUUGUUCAAUAUUUGAUUGCUUUGAUGGACACGAAAAGUUUAAAGGUACAAUGCCAAGCUGCUCUUGCUUUAAGAAAUCUUGCAUCGGAUGAAAAAUAUCAAAUUGAAAUUGUUCGUUGCAAAGGCCUUCCACCUCUCUUGCGUCUUUUGAAAUCGUCUUAUUUGCCUCUCAUUUUAUCUUCUGUUGCAUGUAUCCGUAAUAUAUCCAUUCAUCCCGCUAAUGAAUCUCCCAUUAUUGAUGGUGGCUUCGUGAAUCCUCUCAUCGAAUUACUUGCUUAUGAUGAUAAUGAAGAAAUCCAAUGUCACGCCAUAUCUACCCUGAGAAAUUUGGCAGCAAGUUCGGAGCGCAAUAAACGUGCUAUCGUUGAAGCUGGUGCCGUUGAGCGUAUAAAAACCUUGAUCAACAAGGUACCCGCCAGUGUUCAAACAGAAAUGACAGCGGCUAUUGCUGUCUUGGCCUUGAGUGACGAAUUAAAGCAAAGAUUAUUAAGCAUGGGAGUAUUGGAAGUUUUGGUUGAAUUGACUUCAAGCGAAAACAUGGAAGUUGAGGGAAAUUCGGCCGCUGCUAUUGGAAAUCUUAGCUCAAAGGUCAAGGAUUAUACUCCAUUUGUAAAGGCCUGGGGUACUCCUUCAGGCGGACUUGAGAAAUUUUUGAUCCAGUUCCUUUCGGAACAACAGGAUGUAGCCUUCCAACAUAUUGGUGUAUGGACAAUCGAGCAAUUCUUAGACGGCGGAGACGAAAGAUUGUUAAAUUUAAUUGCUGAAUCAGAACCUAUUAUAGAGUCUGUCCAAAGAAUUGUAAAUGCAGGACAGGUACCAAAGGCAGAACACGAUGAUACAAAUGAGGAUGCGGAUGGAGAUAUCUUUGCUCUAGCAAAACGUGUAUACCAGAUUUUGCAACAGAUAAGAGACUCUAAAAAGUCAUCUCAAAAGAAACAACGUUAAAUGUUCUCUCUAAACAUAAUAUAACCCCAUCAUGCUUCAUUUCUUCCUUUCUCCUCACUUUUUUUUCUCUACCUGUAGUACUAUAUGCAAAAUUAAUAAAAAAAUAAAAAAAACACGCGCACAUUUA